AUGUGCCGUCCUUGUGACUCCUGCUCCGGCCAAACAUCAAUGUUUGAUCCACUUCAGUCAUCCACCUACAAGAGCCAGACCUGCUCUGUCAGCUCUUGCAUGGAACUGCCCAUUCAUGGUUGCACUAUCAACCAACUUUACGGAUUCAUAUAUUCCUAUGAAGACAAAUCCUUCAUAGAAGUGAUACUGGCCUCGGAAACGCUCUUGUUUGACAAUGGUGCUGGCACCGUCAAGCUUCCAGAAAUUGUCUCUGGUUGUGUUCAUCAGGAUGGCCCUCCUAAUCCCUCCUUGCUUGAAGUUCCUGACCUUGUUGGCCUCGGAGGUGGUCCUCUCUCACUUGUAAAUCAGAUUGGCUCUUCUAUUGAUAAUAAAUUUGCCUACUGUCUUCCUCCCAAUAGCAAUGAAAUCACGUCAGACAGCUCAAAUCUGGUAAGGACGCAGAGUUUUCAGGCCAGGAAGGGGUUCAAGAAAUGCCGAUGGCACCAGGUGGUCCUCAAGGCACUUAAAGACGGAGAGGUGCCCAUCUUUGGGAAUGUUGUGCAGCCGAACAUGCAUGUGAAGUAUGAUUUGGGGAAGAGGCUGCUUUCUCUUGCACCAGCUGAAUCUUUGGAUGCUGCUUAA